AUGGCUCCUUCAGUAUGUCUUCGUGGCCCACCGGAGCUCCAACUUUACCACCCCACGACCACCAUCAAAAUCUGUCAAGGCCAGUUUUCUUCUUCAAACCCCUGCCUUGAAUUCUUCAAGGCCACCACAUACUCUGAUAAACCCCAACAAAACCCUCCCGUGUAUCAGCAGCAGAAGGAUCUGACAGAAUAUGAAGCAGAGGCAUGGAAGCAUGACCCUCUCACAACUCUCAAGCUCAUAUUUUGCCUGAGAAUGGUGGGGAGGCCCAACAAAGAAGCCUUUUACAAAUCCCUCUUGUGGAUCCACAAAAACCACCCUCUAACCUUGGCUUUGAAUCUCAAGGUUUUUGGGCAAUUGGGUUGGUUCAAAGAUCUAUUGGAAAUUCUCUAUAGGGUUUUGCAGAAAUCCAUAGAUGAAGCCAAGGAAAAGGAGGAGGAAGAGAGCCAGAAAGAGUAUUGGAAGAAACGCACGAAUUAUUGUCAGAAACCUAGUAAAAGGAAUUAUUGGUCUGACUCCGAGGAAGGCGAAAGCGAUGAGGAGGAAGACGACGAAAGCAAUGAGGAGGAAGACGACGAAAGCAAUGAGGAGGAGGACAGCGAUGAGGAGGAAGAGGAAGGAGAGAAGGAAGAGAGCAAAACAGUCACAGAUGUCACAGAUGUUCACAUUGCCAGGGCUAAAAGUGCGGUUGAUAGGUAUCAAAACGAUUUAGAAUAUCGAUACUUGCAUGAUCGUGUAUCCGAGGUGUUUGUGGAAAUGCUGACAUCGGAUUUAUUGUCUUUGAAGUGCUGUGAGAUUGAAAAGAUCAGCUCUAUUUCCAGAUUCUGUCCUUCUAUUGAUUCGUCUUACGACAGAAAAACUUUGAUAUGUGAAAACAUAGCAAGGAGAAUGUUUCCACGCCAUAAUUUUGGAGAGUUCAAAGAUGUUGAAGAAGCUCAUUAUGCUUAUAGGGUUCGUGAUCGAUUGAGGAAACAAGUACUUAGCCCCCUGCGCAAGGCAUUGGAGUGCUUACCGGCUGUGAAACAGAACAACCAGUCAUCAUCAUUGUUCAAGAAAUGCAUGGCGCUGAUUGCUUUGGAAAUCUACAGCAAGAUCAUUGGUUGUGGUGAUGAUGGAGGCCGCGAUGAAAGCAAAUUGAAAUUCAAGUGUUACAUGAAGCUCGUGAACAUGCUAUUACCAGAGAAAUAUAUUUUCAACAUGUGCUUUGGUGAUGGACUAAAGCUUCCUCACCAUGUGGUGGCCUCAUUAGAGAAGGAUCAGUGCGGUGCUAAUGAGAUUGCCGAGGUUCAAUGGCGGAGACUAGUCCAACAGUUGUGGAACAAAGGGAAGCUCAGGAAUUGUAUUGCAGUGUGCGAUGUCCCGGAGAGCAGGAGAGGGUCAUUGAAGGAGAUGGUUUGCAUUUCAAUGGGGUUGUUGGCUUCGGACCUCAGUGAAAAACCAUGGCAAGGUUCUGUUUUCCCAUUCAGCGAUUUCCCAAGGCUGCACAAAAUCAAAGGAGACAAUCUCAAGUCCAGAUGUGAGUUCAUGAGGAACAUAGUUUGUGCUGAGAAGGUGAAUUUUUCAAAGAUUUACAAUGGAGGUCUGCAUAUCGCCACAACGGAGAAGCUGAGCAAUGCCAAGAUGACUAAAAGCAUUUUUGUGUUCACAUACAGGGAAUUUGACAAGGCCUCUAAGAAUGAUUGGGUCCUGGAUUAUAGGGAGGCUGUGAAGAAUUACAGUAAGAGAGGGCAUGCAUAUGUGCCACGGUUGGUGUUUUGGAAUUUGAGGGGUUCAAUUGCUGAGCCUGAGGUCAUUGGUAGCCAUGUUGUAAAGAAUCACAAUGCAGGGAUGAUCAUCACUGGGUUUUCCAACACUUUGCUCAGUCUUUUCUGCAACGGAGAAUAG